AUGAGGAAGAAGCAAAAUGGGUUUAGAAGGCCUGUUGUCAUCAAGAACAAGAGGAAUAGUAAGCAACCAGAGUCACAGCCUAGUGUUGAUCCCAUUACGGGGAAGAAGAUACCGAAAAGUUUUGUUUUUGCACGAGGGAAGUUGCCUGUCCCUCUUAAACAGCUUCAGAUGGACCUUAGGAAGUUGAUGCUUCCUUAUACUGCACUCAGUCUCAAGGAGAAGAAACGGAAUAGUCUGAGAGACUUUUUGAACGUUGCUGGACCAAUGGGCGUUACACAUUUCCUCAUAUUGUCAAAAACUGCAUCUGCGCCUUACUUGAGGGUUGCAACUACCCCACAAGGACCUACUCUUACAUUUAAGAUACAAGAAUACGCAUUGGCUGCUGAUAUUGCUCGAUCUCAAUUGCAUCCUCGAUGCCCUAAGGAUCUUUUUAAAAAUUCUGCAUUGAUUGUGCUUUCUGGAUUUGUCAGUGGAGAUUUACCUUUACGGCUUACAACUAACAUGUUCCAGAAUAUUUUUCCAACAAUCGACGUUAAAACUGUCAAACUCGCUUCUUGCCAAAGAAUUGUGUUGCUUAAUUACAACAAAGACACUAAGCUCAUUGAUUUUCGGCAUUAUUCGAUUAGACUACAACCUAUAGGUGUUUCACGGAGAAUUAGAAAACUUGUUCAAAGCCAUCAGGUUCCUGAUCUAAGGAAUCUUCAAGACGUGAGCGAUUUUGUCACAAAGGCUGGCUAUGGAUCAGAAAGUGAAGCAGAUGAAGAAGCAGCAACAGUGACUUUGUCUAGUAAUAUUGGUAGAGUUAACCGGGCUGCUACAAAAAGUGCUGUAAGACUUCAAGAGAUUGGUCCAAGGAUGACUCUUCAACUCGUUAGGAUUGAGAAGGGAUUGUGUUCGGGUGAAGUCCUCUUCAGCGAAUCUGCGUCAGGAAAACCUGGUGACAAAGGAAAAACUGAUGAUGAGAUGGACAAUAAUGACGAAGAUUCAGAAGGCGGUGAAGAUGAUGAUCAAGAUGAAGAUGGAGAUGGAGAAGAUCUAGAGGAUAAUGAAAAUGAUGAAGAGCUUGAUUAG